GCAGAGGCAGCAGCAGCAGCCUCUCUAAGCUGGUGCGACUAGGACCAACUUGUGGGACAGAAUCCAGCCAAGCCAUAUUCCGGCUUACACAGUGUGCUCAGAAAGUUUGGAGAAUGAAGCCCUUCAGUCCUGAGGUUUCCCCAGACCCAUGCCCUGCCACUGCAGCCCACUUCCUUCGCACCUACACACUCUUCCUGACUUUGCUGGAGUUGGCCCAAGGUUGCAGAGGUUCCAUGGUAUCCAACCGGCCGUUCAUCACUGUUUGGAAUGCAGACACUCACUGGUGCCUGAAGGACCAUGGGGUGGAUGUGGAUGUCAGUGUCUUCGACGUGGUUGCCAACAAGGAGCAGAAUUUCCAAGGCCCUAACAUGACUAUUUUCUACCGAGAGGAGUUGGGCACCUACCCCUACUAUACACCCACCGGGGAACCCGUAUUUGGAGGUCUGCCCCAGAAUGCCAGCCUGGUUACCCACCUUGCUCACGCAUUCCAGGACAUCAAGGCUGCCAUGCCUGAACCUGACUUCUCGGGACUGGCGGUCAUUGAUUGGGAGGCUUGGCGCCCACGAUGGGCCUUCAACUGGGACAGCAAGGACAUUUAUCAGCAGCGCUCAAUGGAACUGGUCCGGGCAGAACACCCUGACUGGCCAGAAACUUUAGUGGAAGCAGAAGCCCAAGACCAGUUCCAGGAAGCUGCACAGGCCUGGAUGGCAGGCACCCUCCAACUGGGGCAGGUACUGCGUCCCCGUGGCCUCUGGGGCUACUAUGGCUUCCCUGACUGCUACAACUACGACUUUCUAAGUCCCAACUACACAGGCCAGUGCUCACUAAGCAUCCGUGAUCAGAAUGACCAGCUAGGGUGGUUGUGGAACCAGAGCUAUGCCCUUUACCCCAGUAUUUACUUGCCUGCAGCACUGAUGGGCACAGAGAAGUCGCAGAUGUAUGUUCGAUACCGUGUGCAAGAGGCAUUCCGUUUGGCUUUAGUUUCCAGAGACCCUCAUGUCCCCAUUAUGCCCUACGUCCAAAUCUUCUAUGAAAUGACAGAUUAUCUUCUGCCCCUGGAGGAGCUGGAGCACAGCCUGGGAGAGAGUGCAGCCCAGGGAGCGGCAGGAGCAGUGCUCUGGAUAAGCUCAGAAAAAACAAGUACCAAGGAGUCAUGCCAAGCCAUUAAAGCAUACAUGGAUUCCACACUUGGACCCUUCAUCCUGAACGUGACCAGUGCAGCUCUUUUGUGCAGCGAAGCUCUGUGUUCUGGCCGUGGUCGCUGUGUCCGCCAUCCCAGUUACCCUGAGGCUCUCCUCACCCUCAACCCUGCCAGCUUCUCCAUUGAGCCAACACAUGAUGGCAGACCCCUGAGCCUCAAGGGUACCCUCUCGCUUAAGGAUCGGGCACAGAUGGCUAUGAAAUUCAAGUGUCGAUGCUACCGUGGAUGGAGUGGAGAGUGGUGUAAGAAGCAGGAUAUGUAGUGAUUUGCUGCACCAGGCUGCAUAUACUGAACAUGGGACAUACCCAGGGCCUACCUAUGACUUCCUUACAUACAGUCAUACGCGCACAAGUCACAGUCAGGAGUACACUCAAGCGCUGUCAUGGCCGCAAUCACACGGGCACAAUCACAGGGAUAGUCACAUAGUGAAUCAGAAUUUAGGCUAGGCACUCUCAACUCUGUAUCUAUAAGGACCUACUCAUAGGCAGUUCCUCCAGAACCUAUGAGUCAGCAGUCACAAAAGCUGACAUUUGCUCUGUGCCAAGCCCUGUGCUAAGCAAACACUAGAAGUGGGCCAACUCAUUCAGUCUUUACAAUCGACAUGCUGGGAAGAUGAGUACUUUUUUAUUUACUUACUCUGGGAGAUAAACUUAGGACCUCACACACACUAGGCAAGUGCUCCAACACUAAGCUGUAUUCCCAGCCACUGUCCAAUGUUGCCCAGCAAGAAUAGACAAGCAAGGCCAGGCAUUGAUGAUGCUCACCUUUGAUCCCAGUACUCAGGAGGCAAGGCCAGCCUGGUCUACAUAUUGAGCUCCAGGACAGUCAGGACUACACAGAGCAAAUGUCAGCUGUCUCAAAACAAAAUGACACUGUCUCAAAACAAAACAGCCAGGAGAGAUGCAUAUUGAAAUCUAGGCUAUCUAGCUCUAAAGAUAGAACAUUGCACACCUACUGUGUGUUGAUGGUGCCCUAAAAGGAUUAGGGAACACAACAACAUCACUGUACAGGGUCCCUGAAUCUGCUCAGAGUACUAGCAUUACCCAAUCCAGCAAACGAAACUGUCCUAUAGUACUUAGCUGUUUAAUUAGCUCCUAAAAUAGGCAGGCCUCAGAACACAGAAGGUACUGGAGCUCUACACUUUCAUCCAAUUGUGUUGUCUGAAGACGACUGCUUCUCAUGAUCAGGAGGAAGUCCGGCCUGAUCGGACCAUUUCCACCGACCCACUAGGACUGGAGACACUACUAGAGCAGAAACAAAACGAAACUCUCAUUUCUUUGAGGCUGGAGUUGGGAGAGCUGCAGGCGGAGCUGAACACAGGAAAGCCGCUAGAAGCCAGAGGCUGAGCGGAGAGGAGGCGGAGCCAACGAGAGGAAACUACGGGCCUAGUCGCCACCGGAAGGGAAGAAGUCAGGGACAGAAUGGGCCUACACUAGUUCUGUUGUGACGCUCAGAACCAGGGGCGGGUGUCUAGGUGGUGACAUUCCGGGCACUGAGAACAUAGGAGGAGGUGCGCUGUCUCCUGCAAAGACUGCAACGAGUCCUCCGUACUGCUGGGACCAGCGUAGGCAGACCGAAGAGUUGGAGCCAGAGACAGCGAGUUAACCAACCGUGCGCAGGCAGGACGCGGAGCAUCUUGGAACUCGACUUGAACAUGUCAGUAUCACCCUCA